UCCCACCAGGCAGGCGCACACAUGGCGUUAAAGUAUUUACAAACAUGCAGAGAGAUCGCUUUCGCCGGGGACCCCAAGCAUCCCUAGCACUGGGGUCAGGCUCGCAGGGAUGCACUUAUUGGAAAGGCAGGAUUUGGAAGACAGCAGCGACAAACGCCAAUGUUUGUGCAUACAGCAUCGUGGCACACCCGCACUGGUCGGGGCAUAUGACUCCUGGCGGUCUGAAAGUCCACCGCAGAGUGGCACUUUGGCCUGAUGGGCUGGGCUCACCUCCCUGUUCCCUGCCCAGAGGCUGGCAGUGCUGCAGCUGCCCCAGCCUCCCAGCAUCUCUCCAGCAGCCAGCAUGAUGUGGAUGCGCUGCCCAGCAGCAUGGCUGGCAGUGAUUUCACGGCCCCUUGUUCCUCUGAUGAUGUAUUCCUAGAUGACAUCCUGCCACAAACACACCUGCAAACUCUGUCAGCUUGCAUUCGACCUGAAGACAGGCCACCAAAUCAGAUGACAUUCCAUGGGUAGGUCUUUUACAUGUUUGCAGCAAAAUUUCUUGUGUUCUUCAGUUCUAAGUGACUAGUGAGCUGAAAAACAAACAAACAAAUAAAAAUCUUAGCAUGGCAAGCAAGCAAGCUUGUGUGACAAAUUCAUGGGAUAAAGCAGUACUGCCAGACACCAUUUGGGAAUUAGUGCCUUAAAAAAAAGAACCUUUUUCAUGCUGGUUUGCUUCAUAAUUACUUCCAAACUUCAGAGUGACCACAGCUGCCAAGUAAGAACAAUUGCUUAUGAUUAAUUUAGAGCAACUCAUAUGUUUUCAGCUAAAUUAAACCAAAGCCAAACCGGGGAUUUUGGAAGCUGCUGAAAGUAAGGGGAACUCUGGAGUGUUUAACAAUUACUUCCUCAUAAGACAUGCCCAAGAGGAAGAGAAAUGCUCUUCAGUCAUGGAGCUGCUCUCCUAAGCAUGAGGGGGAUCAUGCUUUCCUCCCUCUGCUUACUGAUGCACCUGCUUCAGGAUGAGAUAACUACGAUUUUAGUUUUGGAAAACCAAGACCUGCAAGAUUCAAUUAAGCCGCAGAAGGUAGAGUUUCAUUCAUUAAACUUCAACAGCACUUUGCGUUGGCAGCCUGGGAGGGCCAGAGAGGCAAGAGACACGGUCUACUUUGUGCAGUAUAAAGUGUAUGGGCAGAGCACGUGGCAAAACAAAGACGACUGCUGGGGGAUUCAAAACCAUGUCUGUGACCUAACGACUGAGACCUCUGACAUCCAAGAGCCUUACUACGGCAGAGUGAAAGCCGUGUCAGCUGGCGUCUAUUCCGACUGGAGCCUCAGCUGCAGAUUCACUCCCUGGCGAGAAACUAUGAUAGGACCUCCGACGGUAAUUGUGAUUCAUAGCAACAAAUCCAUAAUACUAAAGCUCCAGGCUCCACGUUCUCCUUAUAAAAGGAAGAGAGGCAGCAAGAUACCAAUGACAAAUUAUUAUGAUCUGCUAUACCAAGUCUUCAUAAUUAACAACUUGCUAGACGAGCAACACAGAGUCCUGGUGUAUGAAGGAAAAGACAAGGUUAUUAAAAUAGAAAAUUUGAGGCCCGGAGUCAGCUACUGCGUCGUGGCUAAAACAUAUGUGCCAAUGCUGGACCGCAGCAGUGCCUACAGCAGCAGGCAAUGCACUGUGCUGCAGUGACAGGGCUGGCGCCUCUGAGACAGGUAAGUCACCAGCUGAAAUUGGAGAUGACUCUGGAAGUCAAGAACUAUCCCCUCACCAAAGGCAGAUACUCUCCAAAAAGAGAAAAAAAGUGGCAUAAAACCUGCCAUCCCUUAUGACAAUAUUAGCCAGAGUUCUUAUAUCAUCUCAGCUAGUUUCACACCAGGUAGGAAUGAUAUGGCUAAGGAUAUUAGAGGAAUGGUGUGGAUAGUUAUUUGUAUGCUGGCACGGUCCUCAGAAACAUCUCCAUCUUCCCUUUCUUUAAGCAGUUAUACAUAGUAUUGCUUUCAUCAGUUUUUAUCACUGUCAAGUAAUAAUUAACUAGGAAAAUGAGUGAACUCCAACAUUAUUAACAUGCAAUUCUGCUGCAAGAUCUACAAUUCUGUUCAGGGAUUUAUGUGAUGUAUUUAAUUCAAAUGGGCCUGUCCUUUUCAUGGCCAUUCUUCAGGUGUAAUGUGUUUAGAAAUAAAUCAGUUAUCAAAUUUCAUGAGUUUCCAUGGGCCAAAAUGCAAGAGUUAGCUCAAUUAGCUAGUCUGAAAAAUUUGUUUGUUUACUUACCUCAAUCAUUAGACUAUCUUCACAUAUCAUAUGCCCAGCAGGGAGAUUUACUAUCAAUCCUGCCUUGCAGUUACCAAGGCACAGAGUGUACAAAGACCUACGCCAAAGCUGAUUUCUGUGUUGUUGGCCUUAGCAAGCUCAGAUUUGGGUCCUUUCUAGGGGUAGCAGGGGAAAACUGGAAAAGCAUCAUUGUUUGAACCUGUGCAUCUGUUCUCAGCUUGGUACCCUAGCUACGAAAGAUUUUCUUUCUUCUGCUUCAUAAUAUGAUGCAUAACACUGGUCUCUCAUGAAACUUGGUCAGCAGGUUUAGGCUAAGGAAGGAGUCAGUUUCUAGGUGAUUUUCCUGCAUUUUUGCUUGCUUUCCCAGUACUGUGAAAGGCUGGAAGCUCAGGUCGGAGCUGGACUGCUAAACAACCUGCAGAGGUACAGGAGGGAUGCAGGCAAAUGGCAUGUGUUGCAUUUUCAGUUAAAUUGAAUACCAUCCACCUUAAACACGCAGUCCAGCGGCAAUUCUCUUUCUCUUCCCAGUUACAGGAAUAAUGGUGGAAGAUGCCUCCCAUCACAGAUCCAGCUGUAAAUCAACAUCUGUGGUCUUUGUCUGGAAUACAUACUUGGAUACUUUUUAAAUUAACCUUUGCUGCAUUCAAUGAUUUGGUUCAUCAUAAUCAUUUUAUGCUACACAAAGGCCAGGGAUGCUUUGUAUGUCCUAUGUUACAAUUUUAAAUGGUAUAUAUUUGCAUUUAGAAAGGAAAUAGUCAUGUACUGUAAUAAAAAAAAGAAGGCAAAAGCACUUGUGAAACUAUCCUUAAGAUUGUUUCUAGGGGUGUUCUAUUUUAAACCUUGGAAUUAAAAUACAA